GCUGCUUUGGCUCCGAUGCAGCAUGUAAUAUACAAAGUAACUAAAGCUAUCAAACAGAUUUUGGUGGUGUAAACAGUACAACAGUUGCCUCUGAAACGUAAUGGACUGUAGAUGGAAAGCAGCAGAAUUACAAAAGCACUUCCAAAGCAUAGCAAAGUACAGGACUUGAAUACAUCUCUAAGUAGUAUACAGUAAAAACAAAGUUGUUGUUUUAUUCAGUAAGCAUUUUAUUGGUUUAUUUAGCAGUACCUCACAGUACGUAGUGGGUACUGUCCCUGUACAUGAGGGAGGAACAACAACGCAGCGAGCUGCUGCACGCAGAGACAACCCGCCCAUCGCCCCGCAGAUGACCGUGAGGUGGCUGUGCGCGGAUCCGCCCGACCUCGGAGUUGCUCCGGGUUGGACUCUGUCCCGCUCGUCCUGCUGACUGUCACCGUACUUAUUAGCACUUUGUUUUUUUUAAUCAGUCACAGGAGACGUACAUGUGGGGUGGCUUUCAUUACGUUUGCCGUGCUGGUAAACUGGAGAGGAAUAAUGCUGUGCUGAGACAACGAGACAUAGGUCAGGGGUGGUGGAAGAGGACGGUCAUGCGGUGUAGGAGAAAACAGAGGUACAGACAUCGGAAUGCCACAGGCUGUCUCGCUACUGCCCUUUCUGCUGGCGCUCAUGGGAUACGCUUUUGCAGGGCUCAGUAUCUGGCCCUCCCUCCACGUUGCCCUGAGCAACGCCAGUGUAUUUGUGGACUUCAGCACAAAACCCAAUGGCAGCGUCAUCCGCAGCACGAGCCUCUCUCUGGUCAACACGGACACCAACACCACCCUUUUGAUCAGGACUCUCCCCAGCAACCAAGCGGCCGGCAGGGUGGAGUUCAACUGCUCCUGCUUCCUGUACGCAGGAACUUUCCGGUUCCUGCUGAGGCAGACCAGCAUCUCUGCUGCUUCUCAUGCUAACGGCACGGACGACAGCAGCAAGGAGAGCACGUCCUGGUGGUGGAGUUCAGAACUGCAGGUGCAGUGGCCCACCUUCCACAUUGCUGUGGAGAGGGCUGGAAACCACUCAGGAUCUUUUCAGAUUGGGAUAUCCACUAAUGAGCACUUUCAGGCUUGUUCCAGUGGCAUUGACUCUGCCAUCUUCCUGGAGGUCAGCUACAUGGAGUACAACCAGAUAGGGCGAAACAACAUCGACAAGGUCCGAGUCCGCACGCGACACCCGAUUAAACCCCUUCGUUCCCAGACUGUUGAAUUGGCCUGCGCCUUCCCCUUCACAGAAAGGGACUUCAUACGAGUGUCUCUGCGGUCUCCUCAUGCAGCACAGGACGUGAAGAGCUCUGGAGCUCUCUACCUGUCCCGAAUCUUCUCCUACAAGUUGCUGGUAGAAAACGGCAACGCUUACAAGAGUGGUUGUGAAGGGACUAUGGCCGUUAAACUGAUAACCCCACCCUGCGCUCACAUCAAUGGGAAAGUGUUGCUGUAUAAGGAUGCAGGCGCCGGGGCAGGUGGAGCAGCACUGAUGGGGAUCGGACCAGAGGAGCCCUCUUCUCCUCCGUUGGCCUUUAACUGGCUGACGCAGGGAGAGAAUGAGACAGAAUUCAACUGCUCUGUGUUUUACCCAGGGAGGAACAAGUACUGCUUUCGCUUUGUUUUCAACUUCAGUCGCUCUCCCAGUCCUGCACAGACCUGUUUGGUGGUUCACCGGAGUACAGAGUCAUGGGGGCCGUGGCAGCCAUGGAGUGUGUGCAGUGUGAGCUGUGGAGAUGGGGUGAGAGAACGUGUGCGUGAGUGUUUGCUGCCCUCAGGUGUCGGAGGGAUGCGGUGCACCGGCAUGGUGAAGGAACAGUCCGUGUGCUCACUGGAGGACUGCGCGGUGUUGCCUGCACCUUCUCCAUCCCCUCCCGCUGCACCUGUAGGAGACGCGCCCCUUGGUGGAAACAUGGUCGUGGUGGCUGGCAUCUCUCUUUGCCUGGCUGUGAUUCUGGCUACUGUUGUGGUGACUGUGUGGAGGAAGCUUUGCCACACCCCUCAGUGCAGCUCCGUCCGCCGAGGGUCCAUGCAUUCCCCUGGAGGACGCAAGCUUUCGGAUGAGGCCUCUAUAUGUGGCCACAGCCUCCAAAGACCCAGCCUGUCUGAUGGCCAUGGUCUCCUUGGGGGUGUGGGUGUAGCCCAGAAAGAUGCUGCGAUGCUGGGCGGCCAGCCUCUUUCACAGACCCUGGUGAUGCCUGUCUCACAGGACUCAGAAAGGCUGUCCCCCUCAGGUCUGAAGAUGUUGCCAACAAUAUUUGGGUAUCGAUUGGCUCAGCAGCAGUUAAAAGAAAUGAAGAAGAAGGGGUUAAAAGAAGCCACACAGCUGUACCAUGUCUCCUCAAGCCCGGUCCAUGACACCUUGUUAGAGAUAUCUGCUUCACCCACCUGCUCCCCUAUCCCUACACCGACUGGAUCUGCUCUAACCUCGCUCCCUCCAGGCCUCCAGGAUGAUGCCAACUGCAACCACUUUCGCAUCGCAGCUCCCUUCUCUGAGCCCCUGGCUCAGACUCCUCGGGCCACACCAGACAGACUGAGCCCCAGAGUGGAGCUGGUCCUAGGCCCUCAUGUCUCUGGUCAUGCUAGCAGGGGCAGCUCAAAAUGGCGAGAUCGCACUGCUGACUGGGUAGAGAUGGUGGAGAGGAGCGGGUUAGCAGGUCUCAGAGGAGGAGGAGAUGCAGGAAUGGGAAACUCCUAUCAUAGGAAUCCAAAUUUCCGCCGGACAUCUAGUUUUAAUGACACCAAACCGCAGCCGCCGCCCUCUGCACACUCCAGACAGUUCAGAGAAAGAAGCAUGACCCAGGUGGGAUCUCGGACCCUUCCUGAAGGAAGUUCUUGGACCAAAGGAGGAUGGGAGAGGCAGCCAUAUCGCUCUUAUCCCAUUCCAGAGCAUGGGGCCUCGGAUUGGGCUAAUUCCAGACCUCAGAGGAAGCCUUGGAUAGAGACAGCUGUUCCCUCUCACAACAGUGAACUCAGGCACACAGGGACCAACACAAACAGCAUUUCAGAACAUGCUAAAGCAGACCUCGGUGGCACUAGGGAAAGGCAAAGGAGCUUUGAUGCUGGAGGUGGAGGGGGAAUCUCGGGAAUUGGGGGUCCAGCCACAGGGCCUGCCAGCCUGAGCGUAGAUCGCGCUGAGCGGGCCGAGCUGAACUGGAAUCGCCGUGGCCCAUCGCCCAUCCAGAGGAACAUGCUGGCCCGGAAAUUAAAGGAAGCUCAGUCAUGCUCUGGGGUCAGGGGGCGGCAACGCAGCUCAACCUUUAGCGUGUCGUCCUCGGAGCAGAGGCAAGGCCGCUGCCGCUCUCUGCCGAUGUCUGGAGACUACAGCAGCAGUGGUGGCUCGCCGUACAGGCUGAGCGAGGCAGAGCAGAAGAUGUUGGACCUGGAUCUGUCCUCGUCUUACGUUGGGGAAGAGGAGUAGAUGACCAUGUCACAUCUGUGACUUUAACCUCAUUUUGACACAGACCUACAUAUCUGUAAUAAUUAUGUUGUAUGUGAGAGAUCUAAGGACUUUCAGAGAGCAACAAUGUUUCUGUGUCAAAUACCAAUGUUUUCCUAUUGCAUUUUUUUAAUUGUUAUUGUGUUUGAAUUUUGAUAGGCAUGAUGAUUUAGCAUACUGUAUUUUUGUCCUUAAGUGUGCACGUUCAGAGUGCCUCUUUAGGUUUCAUAUUUAACAUGGUCUUGUAUCUGUGUCUGUAUGCACUGCUAAACACAACCUUUUCAAUGACAGUAUUCAAAAUCCUACAGGGGACAUCUCAGUCUCUAUUGUUAUGCACCGCUGAAUGUGCUGUUAUUAUCAUGCUGUGAAGUGCCACUGUACAAUACAGUACCGUACUGAUAAGCACUCUACCUACGAUUUAGCUAGGGACAAUUUGUAAUGUGUGAGAUGAGCGAUGUCGAGCCAUGUAUUUUCUGCAAAAUGCACAAUUCAGAUCAAUAGUAAGCAGACUAACAUGAAUGUCAAUGAGGCACUGUGGCUGAGAUGCUGCUUGUGUUUAUUGUUUGAGUAAUAUAAACUUUACAGAGAGCAAUGCUUUAUGGGAAACAGUAGAUACUGACUGUUUCAAAUAAUGAAGCAAAGGGAGCAAUUAAAAUACAAAGAGUGUAAACAUGG